CAUUACACCGUCCCCCGUUUCGGUGGAAACGGGGGACAUUCCUCCCCCUUUUCAUGGUUCACUUUUUUGUGACCCCCAUGACUACCAACGGUUUUGUACCCAUAGUUUUGCUGUUUUAACCCUUCGACCACAAUGCAAUAGCUUGCUUCCCAGACUUGAUGCCUUCCCCGUGGUCAAUCCUCUGUGGUCCAAGAACAUUUUGUGUCUUUGUAAGUUUUCUUCCUAAUAUAGGAUCUACAUUUGUAUCAACUUUCAACUUUGCAGAAAAUGUCAGCGUGGGCUCGAAGUUUAUCCCCAGUACUCUGGUUUGGGAAAGUAUUUUCAUGCAAUAAAAUUGAGGGUUACCAUGCUUUUCAGUGGGAGAGGUGGUUAGGUGUUCAAACGGGGAAUGUCACCUAACAAACGUGGGUCGCAGAUGGGUUGUGUGUGAGUCGAAGGGUUAACAAUCCCGUGUGAGCGUCAGCCUAAAUUAUGAUGGGAAAGUGUCCUCUUGUCGUAGCCUGUGAGGAUGAAUAAAUACAUUUGAGGGUUAGCCACGGUGUAUUCCACCUGCCAAUAAACUGCUAUACCAAGCUGAGCUCAGUAACUGAUGACAAACGACAACCUGCUCGCUUAGAGACUGAGCUUUACAUCCUAAACCAGGCAGUGGAGAGAAAUAGUGUUGGUCACUUUGACGUAGUCGCCUCCAGAUCAUGCGGGUUAUAUCUGGGGUACUUAAUAACAUACGUCAGGUCCAAUUUGUCUUCCCAGUUUCUCUUUAUCUGGGCUGUAAUUUAAGACUCGUGGUUACUUCACCACCUGUUAGCUUGACAAACUUGAUAGAUAUGCAAAGUCGUUGUGCCUCAGCAAAGGACAUGACACGUUCGUUAUAACUUAAGUGUGGCCAGCUUUUCCAAUAGAUCUGAGGAUGACGGUUAUUUCCAUUUGUCAUUUUUAUAGUAAGACUUCAAAACUGUGUCUGGAAACGGCAUUUUAAGUGUAGAGUAAUUAUUGUAAAACGUCAAACAAUAAUUGUGAGCCAGCUAGUUUAUAUUUAUGAGCUUAAAUGGCCUGAGGUCAUCAGGUUCAGUCGAGGUAGGCCUGAUCUGAAGCCGGCAUGUAGACGGAGCUUUUUGUACAAAGUUGUUGUGUAAAUAUAUUUUAAUUUUACUCUCUGUAAAAUAAAAAUAUGUUAUCAAGAAAAAUUGUGUACCACAAUACCACAGGCCCAUACUAACUGUCCUUAAUUUCUCUCCUACAGCAGUACUGCUUUGCCAGUCCUGUACUGCACUCUGUUAAGGGUGCAGCAACUCAUCCUGUGUAGGUUAUGGGGAACAGAAAGCUGUGCACUUGUCAGUUUGGUCAGGGUCCACUGGCUACUUGUUUGGGGCCUGUGAGGGGAAACAGAUGCAGCCCAGCUACAACAAACCUCAACCCCCGAGAGCCUCUUAAGUUUUUUUUAUUUGGCUGAUCAAUUUCCUACAAAUUUUAGAUAACGUUCCCCGUGCAGUCAUGAUGGAAAACUACUGCCCCAAUAUUUGACUACAUAUCUUCUCCUUUUAGUUACCUUUGUGCUGAAAAGGAAGUCAAGCUUUAAAUGUACAAUGCCUCAUUUUUUUAUAUUUGAAUGCAGAGUAGAUGCUCAUAUUUUGUGGUAAUGUCAUUCCUAGAUGUAGCCCCAACAUCUUGACUUCAUUUUGAUAUGCUAGUAUAAACAAUCUGGACCUGGAAUCUGGACCACCAUAUGCUUUUUUUCUAGUUUAGUGGUUAUGCCCCAAGAAGAUGCUUUGUUUUUUUGAGUGCCGUAAAUCAAUGCAACACAGGUGGUAUACUGUUGUGUGUGAGUUCAAACCCUUUUCCAAAGUGUUACUAAUGGUAAAGAGACAUUUUCUAGGCUUCUUUUCUGCCGGUUGAAGUCUGACUGCAGAAGGACCCUUGGCAUUGAAAGUGGGGCAAAACGCCGGACCCCAAGCUGCAAGUCAGGUCGUACGUGGACGUCAUGUUAGAGCAGAACCUGUCCAAAGAGGAGAGAGAGAUUCGUCAGCAGCUGGUAGAGAAGGCCAAAGCUGGGGAGCUGAAAGUUGUCAACGGGUCCGCUGCCUCACAAGCUGCCGCAAAACGUAAACGUCGCUGGGACCAGACAGCCGACCAAACCCCCACCAAUACUACACCCAAAAAGGUGUCCAGCUGGGACCAGGCGGAUUCCUCUGCUGAGACUCCGGGACACACCCCAGGACACACCCCUGCACACACACCUUCAAACAGCCGAUGGGAUGAAACCCCUGGUCGCCCUAAAGGCAGUGACACCCCAGGGGCCACUCCCAGUACCCGCAUGUGGGACCCCACUCCCAGUCACACACCCGCUGGCGCCGCCACACCUGGCAGGGACACGCCUGGCCACGCCACACCUGGCCAUGGUGGAGCAACAGGAAGCGUACGCAAGAACCGCUGGGACGAAACCCCAAAGACAGAAAGGGAGACCCCUGGACACGGGAACGGCUGGGCUGAAACGCCACGCACAGACAGAGGAGACGAGUCGGUGGGCGAGACUCCAACCCCCGGGGCCAGUAAGAGGAAGUCUCGGUGGGAUGAAACCCCUGCCAGUCAGAUGGGAUCAACGCCUCUUCUUACCCCGGGAAAAACUCCCAUCGGAACGCCAGCUAUGAACAUGGCGACCCCAACACCAGGUCACCUGAUGAGCAUGACUCCAGAGCAGCUGCAGGCGUGGAGGUGGGAGAGGGAGAUUGAUGAGAGGAACCGGCCUCUCACAGACGAUGAGCUGGAUGCCAUGUUCCCAGAAGGCUACAAGGUCUUGCCUCCACCGGCAGGCUACGUGCCAAUCCGCACUCCGGCCCGUAAACUGUCGGCCACGCCAACUCCCAUUGGAGGCAUGACGGGCUUCCACAUGCAGGUGGAGGAUCGCACCACAAAACAGAUGAAUGACCAGCCCUCAGGAAACCUCCCCUUCCUCAAGCCUGAUGACAUCCAGUAUUUUGACAAACUGCUGGUGGAGGUGGACGAGUCCACGCUGAGCCCCGAGGAGCAGAAAGAGAGGAAGAUCAUGAAGCUGCUGCUGAAGAUUAAAAAUGGAACACCGCCCAUGAGGAAGGCCGCUCUCCGUCAGAUCACAGAUAAAGCUCGUGAGUUUGGAGCAGGCCCCCUGUUCAAUCAGAUCCUGCCACUCCUCAUGUCGCCCACCCUGGAGGACCAGGAGCGCCACCUGCUGGUUAAAGUCAUCGACCGCAUCCUCUACAAACUGGACGACCUGGUUCGACCCUACGUACACAAGAUCCUGGUGGUGAUUGAGCCCCUGCUGAUUGAUGAGGAUUACUACGCCAGAGUGGAAGGCAGAGAAAUCAUCUCCAACUUGGCAAAGGCUGCCGGUCUGGCUACGAUGAUCUCCACAAUGCGACCUGAUAUCGACAACAUGGACGAGUACGUCAGAAACACCACAGCCCGAGCCUUCGCCGUGGUGGCCUCUGCUCUUGGCAUCCCCUCCCUCUUGCCGUUUCUCAAAGCUGUGUGUAAAAGCAAGAAGUCCUGGCAGGCCCGACACACAGGAAUCAAGAUCGUGCAGCAGAUCGCCAUCCUCAUGGGCUGCGCCAUUCUGCCCCACCUUCGCAGCUUGGUGGAGAUCAUCGAACACGGUCUGGUGGACGAGCAGCAGAAGGUGAGGACCAUCAGUGCUCUGGCUAUAGCUGCACUCGCUGAAGCAGCUACACCCUACGGUAUCGAGUCCUUUGACUCGGUCCUCAAGCCGCUCUGGAAGGGUAUCAGACAGCACAGAGGAAAGGGUCUGGCUGCUUUCCUCAAAGCUAUCGGUUAUCUCAUCCCCCUGAUGGACGCAGAGUAUGCAAACUACUACACCAGAGAGGUGAUGCUGAUCCUCAUCAGAGAGUUCCAGUCCCCUGACGAGGAGAUGAAGAAGAUAGUGCUCAAGGUGGUGAAGCAGUGUUGUGGCACUGAUGGUGUGGAAGCCAACUACAUUAAGACGGAGAUCCUGCCUCCCUUCUUCAAACACUUCUGGCAGCACAGGAUGGCUCUGGACAGACGCAACUACAGACAGUUGGUGGACACCACGGUGGAGCUGGCCAACAAAGUGGGAGCCGCAGAGAUCAUUUCUCGCAUCGUCGAUGACCUGAAGGAUGAGGCGGAGCAGUACAGGAAGAUGGUGAUGGAGACCAUCGAGAAAAUCAUGGGCAACCUGGGAGCUGCGGACAUCGAUCACAAGCUGGAGGAGCAGUUGAUCGACGGGAUCCUGUACGCCUUCCAGGAACAGACGACCGAGGACUCUGUGAUGCUUAAUGGUUUCGGCACCGUGGUCAACGCCCUCGGGAAGCGCGUGAAGCCCUACCUGCCUCAGAUCUGCGGUACGGUGCUGUGGCGUCUCAACAACAAGUCGGCCAAAGUCCGUCAGCAGGCCGCGGACCUGAUCUCCCGCACAGCCGUGGUCAUGAAGACCUGCCAGGAGGAAAAGCUGAUGGGUCACUUGGGGGUGGUGCUGUACGAGUACCUGGGAGAGGAGUAUCCUGAGGUGUUGGGAAGCAUCCUGGGAGCGCUGAAGGCCAUCGUGAACGUCAUCGGAAUGCACAAGAUGACUCCACCAAUCAAAGACCUGCUUCCUCGUUUGACUCCCAUCCUGAAGAACAGACACGAGAAGGUGCAGGAGAACUGCAUCGACCUGGUGGGCAGGAUCGCUGACAGGGGUGCGGAGUACGUGUCGGCCAGGGAGUGGAUGAGGAUUUGUUUUGAACUGCUGGAGCUGCUGAAGGCUCACAAAAAGGCCAUCCGCCGGGCGACAGUCAACACGUUCGGUUACAUCGCCAAAGCCAUCGGCCCCCACGAUGUCUUGGCCACUCUGCUCAAUAACCUGAAGGUCCAGGAGCGUCAGAACAGAGUCUGCACGACCGUGGCCAUCGCCAUCGUCGCAGAAACCUGUUCACCGUUCACGGUGCUGCCGGCGCUCAUGAACGAAUACCGCGUGCCUGAGCUCAACGUGCAGAACGGCGUGCUCAAGUCCCUCUCCUUCCUGUUCGAGUACAUCGGAGAGAUGGGCAAAGACUACAUCUACGCCGUCACACCGCUGCUGGAGGACGCACUCAUGGACAGAGACCUGGUCCACAGACAGACGGCGAGCGCGGUGGUGCAGCACAUGUCUCUGGGCGUCUACGGCUUCGGCUGUGAAGACUCCCUCAACCACUUGCUUAACUACGUGUGGCCCAACGUGUUUGAGACGUCGCCUCAUGUGAUCCAGGCUGUUAUGGGGGCGCUGGAGGGGCUGAGGGUCGCCAUCGGACCCUGCCGCAUGCUGCAGUACUGCUUACAGGGUUUGUUCCAUCCGGCCAGGAAGGUGCGAGACGUCUACUGGAAGAUUUACAACUCCAUCUACAUCGGCUCGCAGGACGCCCUCAUCGCUCACUACCCACAAGUCUACAACGACGACAAAAACAUGUACGUCCGCUACGAGCUGGACUACGCCUUGUAA